CCGAAGAGAGAUGACGAGCCCGCGGUGGAUAAGCCUGUGAGGGAGGCGAUCGGAUGCCUGAUGUAGACGAAGCUGACGAAGCCAGACAUCGCUCUGCCUCUGCACAAGCUCCAGAAGAUCGCCCACUCCCCCACCGGGAGGAUAUGGAACGCGCUGUGCGGAUCAUGUCCUACCUGAACUUCACGAAAGACUUCGGCAUCACCUACGUACGGGGGUCAGGACUAGACCUAAAUGUGUUUGUCGAUGCCAGCUACGCUGACAACGAAGUAGACAGGCGUUCUACGACCGGGCUAGCUGUGACCGAGGGGUUGUUUGUGCAUGGCGUUCUGUCGUUCAUAGCGCCCGAGACGAGUGGGGCGAAGAUGAAGGUCCUUGAGGACAAUAAGGGGGCUCUCGCCUUAAUCGAGAACCCGUUCAGCUCAGCGAGGAGCAAGCACAUCGACGUGCGGUUCCAUUUCAUUCGCGAGCUAUUCAAGCCGGGCAAGAUCGCUGUUCCGACGGGAGAGCAGCAAGCCGACAUGCUGACCAAGGGCAAGUACAGUGAGGCCGAGCCUCUGUUUAAACAGACACAAGCCAUAUAUGAGAAGGUGCUAGGUCCAGAGCACCCUCAUGUGGCGCAGUCGCUCAACAACCCGGCGGUGUUCUUGGAGGACCAGGCUGCCAUCGCUUCUGCAGGCCAAGUCGGGUGGGCGAGGCCAGGAUUAGUCGGGCCGUGCUGCGAGAGGCACGGCAGGUGCGGCGGGAUUUGUGUGUUCCACCGAGCAGCCACCAAGAGCUGCGUGGUCGUCAGGGAGGGCGACACUGCGGGAGGAGAGAGCAGCAGUAGGCCGGACGUGGAUGGCGCCCUGGUGCGGGCUGUUGAGGUCCCUGCUGAAGGUGCGGGUCGUGGGAGCAGAGGAGAGUAUCUGCUACUCCCGAGCCGGUUGCUAUAUCGGUUUGUCCCCAUUAAAAGGGCGUGUAGGAGGGGGCACGCGGAGGCGGUGGAGUUCUGCCGCCUGCACCCCAGCAGCAUGGAAGGAACACAAGACCGGGAGAUGGCCUGGAGGUAUACAACACCAAUGUCUGCUGGGGCGGGUCUGGAGACAAGGCCGGAGCGGGAAUGCCCGCGGGUUGUACCCGCAAGCACGGCAGUGGCCGUGGCUGCCUUCUACCAAGAGCGGGAAGGGGGCAGCGAACAUCAAGGCGCGUGGGGUACCGCGUGCACUCUACAUCAUCAGCUGGCGGGGCCCGGAAAUACGUAGCUGUGGGAUGGUGGAGUUCAAAGACACGAGAAAGCCGUCGUGUGCCUGUCUGCUACACCGCUACACCGAGGAACGUCGGGACGCCGAGGGACGUCGGGUGUGGGCGGGUGGGGAGGGAAGCAAAACGGACCAGCCGCGCGGUGGAUUUCCGCGGGCACUAUCUUCAUUUUGGUUGGUACCGGAAUGUGUUUUAUUUUGUUUUUUUUUUUGAUUCUUUUGUAUGUGGCGUUUAGCAGUAAAGGGCGAUAACUUGUAUUGCACGUGAAUAGUCGCAAGUGAGGCGCUGUUGCGGACUUGCAUAGAUCGCUGUUAAUUGCUUGUUGAAAUCCAUGGGUGUUUCCGCCGCCACAUGCUCGAGUUUCACGCGUCACCGCUUGUUUUGUGUUCCCUGUGUGGCCUGUGUGGUUGCAGAAUAAGGGAGGGUGGCGCCGUGCGUGGGUUUUUUGUUUUGGAGAGUGUAAUGCUCGGAGAGUUUUGCGCCCGGUCUGCAGAUAUUCUGCAACGUGACAGAGUAAUGGUCGUCCUCUCAUGAUUGAGGUGGAACUAUUUCGAUCUUGCAGUUAUUGGAUGACGGAGGGCGUUACCUCUUGGGUGUUGUUGGACUCUAUUUACGGGAGGAUUUUGGUCGUGUUUCCACGAUGUUGCAUGUACCAUGUGUCUCAUUUGG